ACUACUACUACUACUACUACUACUACUACUACUACUACUACUACUACUACUACUACUACUACUACUACUACUACUACUACUACUACUACUACUACUACUACUACUACUACUACUACUACUACUACUACUACUACUACUACUACUACUACUACUACUACUACUACUACUACUACUACUACUACUACUACUACUACUACUACUACUACUACUACUACUACUACUACUACUACUACUACUACUACUACUACUACUACUACUACUACUACUACUACUACUACUACUACUACUACUACUACUACUACUACUACUACUACUACUACUACUACUACUACUACUACUACUACUACUACUACUACUACUACUACUACUACUACUACUACUACUACUACUACUACUACUACUACUACUACUACUACUACUACUACUACUACUACUACUACUACUACUACUACUACUACUACUACUACUACUGCUACUGCUACUGCUACUGCUACUGCUACUGCUACUGCUACUGCUACUGCUACUGCUACUACUACUACUACUACUACUACUACUACUACUACUACUACUACUACUACUACUACUACUACUACUACUACUACUACUACUACUACUACUACUACUACUACUACUACUACUACUACUACUACUACUACUACUACUACUACUACUACUACUACUACUACUACUACUACUACUACUACUACUACUACUACUACUACUACUACUACUACUACUACUACUACUACUACUACUACUACUACUACUACUACUACUACUACUACUACUACUACUACUACUACUACUACUACUACUACUACUACUACUACUACUACUACUACUACUACUACUACUACUACUACUACUACUACUACUACUACUACUACUACUACUACUACUACUACU